UGUGUGUGCUUCAUCUAUCUCCAUCUUGCUUCUCUUUCUCUCUGGUUCAGUCAUUCAAUUAAACACAUUUUGGUUCAAGGCUUCUGGGUAAAAUGUCUUCUAACGAUUAUUCCCAGACUUCUGCACAGGGUUAUGGGUCCUACGGCGGCAGCAGUGGUGGAGGUGGUGGCGGUGGUAGCCAGGGCUACGGUCAGUCCUCUGGCCAGGGUUACAGCCAACAAGGAUAUGGAGGGUACAACCAGAGCUCUGACAGUGGCUCAGGCUCCUACAGCCAGGGAGGAUACGGCAGCUACGGCCAACCGCAGUCCGGUGGAUACGGCGCUCCACCCUCUAACCAAGGUGGGGGUGGUUAUAGUCAGUCAGGCCAGUCUUAUAACUCUGGAGGGUAUAACAGCAGUAGCCAGCCUCCCAGCAUGAGCUACAAUCAGCAGUCGUCCUUCUCUGGUUACGGCCAGCAGCAGCCUCCUUCUUCAUCCUCAGCAGGUUUUGAAGGUAACUCACCGACCCCAGGCUACAACCAACCACCAAGUGGAGGACCAAGUGGAGGUGGAUACGGCAGCAGCGGAGGCCAGACUGGGGGUUAUGGGAGCGGUGGGAGCCACCAACAACCUCCCCAGCAUGGAGGAGGUCACUACAACCAGCCUCCAAGCUACAACAGCCCCCCCCCACAAAGCUACAGCCAGCAGAGCCAGUAUGGACAGAGUGGAGGCGGAGGAUAUGGAGAUGAAAGUCCACCAAUGAGCGGAGGAGGAGGGGGAGCGUACGGGAGUCUGGACGGAGGUUAUGGAGGUCAAGAUGGCCGUGGUGGGAGGGGCCGUGGAGGUGGAUAUGGAGGUCGAGGAGGUGGUGGAUAUGAUCGUGGUUUUGAUCGAGGAGGCCGAGGUGGACCAAGAGGAAGAGGAGGCAUGGGAAUGGGCGACCGUGGAGGAUUCAAUAAGUUUGGUGGACCAAGAGACCCGGGACAUGGACAUGGAGGACCCGGCUUCAUGCAGGACCAGGAUAACUCUGACAAUAACACCAUCUUCGUGCAAGGCCUGGGAGACGACUACACUGUGGAAUCAGUCGCUGACUUUUUUAAGCAAAUUGGGAUCAUUAAGGUCAAUAAGAAGACAGGCCUACCGAUGAUCAACCUGUACACAGACAGGGAGACUGGGAAGCUGAAGGGGGAGGCCACCGUUUCAUUUGAUGACCCCCCUUCAGCCAAAGCUGCCAUUGACUGGUUUGAUGGAAAGGACUUCAAUGGAAAUCCCAUCAAAGUAUCCUUCGCCACCCGCAGGGCUGACUUCGGAGGCCGAGGUGGCAUGAGAGGAGGUCGUGGACGAGGAGGACCAAUGGGUCGUGGUGGGUUUGGAGGAGGUCGAGGCGGAGGGUUUCCCGGAGGUAACGGUGGUGGAGGAGGAGGAGGAGGAAGUGGUGGAGGACAGCAGAGAGCGGGAGACUGGAAGUGUUCAAACCCUAACUGUGGCAACCUGAACUUCUCAUGGCGUAACGAGUGUAACCAGUGCAAAGCCCCCAAACCUGAGGAUGCUGGUGGGAUGCCCCCCAUGGACAGAGGAGGCUACGGAGGAGAGCGCAGAGGGGGGUUUGAUCGGGGGGGCUUCAGGGGCCGAGGCGGAGACCGCGGAGGAUUCAGAGGAGGCCGAGGUGGAGAACGGGGAGGAUACGGUCCAGGCAAGAUGGAUGCAAGAGGCGAUCGCAGACAGGAGCGCCGAGGCCGCCCAUACUAACCCCAGCCCACUCCUCCACUUCAGGACACAGAACAGUGUGUACUCCUGCUCACACCUUUACCUUUUAUACAACUGUCAACUCUCACUUUAAUCCUGCUGAUUCAAAAUGGGAUUCUUCUAGUUUUUUUUGUUUGCAGUUUUUUCAUGUGUGCCACUGUCAUUCUACACAGCGGAACUUCAUUUAUA